AUGGUCAAAGUCCUCGUCCUCGCCGCAACAGGCAAACAAGGCGGCGCCACCGUCCGCGCGCUCCUCGCCUCCAAAGGCCAACACUCAGUGCGCGUGCUAGUCCGGGACGCCUCGUCCGCCAAAGCCCAGGCCCUCGCCGCUCUAGGCGCCGAAGUCGUCGUCGGCGGCGACUGGGCGACGGACGUGGCCGCGCUAGACAAGGCGCUCUCGGGAGGCAUCGAGGCGGUUUUCUUCGUGUCGGUCCCGUCGUUUACGGACCUGGAAGUCGAGCUCAAGGGCGCGACCAACGUCGUCGAGGCGGCGAAGCGCGCGGGCUCCGUGCGCCACGUGCUGUAUAGCAGCGUGGGGAGCCUGGAUAAGUACCAGACGCUUAAGGGGUGGGAUCGUACGCCUUUCUUUGCGAAUUAUUGGAUCGCCAAGGCCAAGACCGAAGACCUCGUCAAGAACGGCGGCUUCGAGCACUAUACCAUUCUGCGCCCGACCGAGUUCAUGUCCAACUACACCGGUGAUCUGGCGCACUUCCAGGUCCCUGAUCUAAUCAAAGAAGGCGUCCUACACACCGCGCUCCCCGCCAGCUACCUCCUCAGCGAGAUCGACGUAGACGACAUCGGGCGCGUAGCCAGCGCCGCCAUCGCCGCGCCCAGCACCUUCGCCUCGGGCCGGCGGGAGCUGCACCUGACGGGGGAGGUGCUCUCGCUGGGCGAGAUCGUGGCGCAGCUGAGCGCCGUCCUGGGCAAGCAGCUCCGCGUCAGCACGUGGACGCGGGAGGAGGCCCUCGAGGCCCUCAAGACCCGCGAGAUCGUCGCCGGACAGCUCAUGCGUCUCGAUUCCGACUGGCCUAACCCGCCGGCCGACGAUUUCGGCCUUGGGUUUAAGACGUUUAGGCAGCAUUUGGAGGAGCAUAAGGAUGAGAUUAGGGAGUUGUAUAAGGCGGUGCCUUAG